AUGUUGCUCCUGGAGAAGGACGACAAAGGCGCAGAUAGGGCCUCCCUGCUUGCCCUCGAUGCCUCGUCGUCCACCGGCUCACCGACAGUAGUCGGCGUACCACCGCCUACGGCCACUCGACUGUCUCGCCGUCUCAUCCUUAUUCACUUGCUGCAUCUCCUUCUUCUGGCCAUCAGUUUGACAAUUCUUAUUCUGGGCGUUCUUCGCUUGGACGAGGACGUAUCUGUUUCUUUUACAGAUGCUGCGUCGGUAUCCAGCUAUUUGUCACUCGGGUUUCAGAUAUUCUUCACGGCAGCGGUCAUAAUAUUGGCUUCUUUAUCUCGAGUGGCGGCUGUAGACUCCGCUGUUCGGCAUCCGACAAGUCUGACCGAGCUCGACCUUCGUAUCCAAGCAUGGUCCGGCAUAGCAUCUUCCCUAUCAAAUUGGAGACCUAGCGCAAGACGGUCUCUAAAUCCAUUCAACUCAGUCUUCACAGCCAUUCCUCUAUACUUUAUUGCUGCAGCAUGCCUAUGCAUCGUAAUGUCGAGUGUUCUCGGCGUCCAAAUAUACGUCGCCACCGCUGUGCAAUCAGUUAAUGCUUCGGUGAUAAAUCAUAUGGGCUCGUAUCUCGAUCCACUCAACAUUUCCACGCACGACAUUCGAGAUGCCUUUGUGAAAGAUAACCAAUGGACAUGGCCGGCCAGAGAAUGGGACCUCAAUAUGUUUAUAUCCUCGGCGAGCUACUCAAACAAGAGCCCUGGCCUUCAAAAAAGUCUUUUAUACGACAUUCCCAUCAAUGCAUUCCCAACCGAGCAAUACAGUUCUAUCAUCGUUAAUUCCACUACGAUGAACGUCCAAUGCAGUCAAGUACAGGAAGCUGACAUCAACAUUUUUCUCAUGCCCCUCGCCGAUAAUAAUACGUCACAUGCUAUAGCUGAUCUCUCCGAGGGUCCUGAAGGUCCUGUCGACGUCUGGUUCAACCUUUCCAUGCCUCCGCCCCCUUAUUGGGACCCCAAAAUGCCACAAUCGAACUUCACUACCUUCUUUCAAACCCUUCAGACAACGUGUGGAUCGGAUAAUCACAACAUGGGGCCCGGACCUCACAUAUGCUUCAAUCCCAGUUACAUGAACUUCACGAAAGUCGUCGUUCAACCUUGGGUGCUCGAUAGCAAUGUCAGUUUUCCAGGUCAUCAGCAAAUUGUCUUCGUCAUCGCCACGUCGAAUGAGGACGUCCUUAUACGUGACGCUGACGGUUCGACAGGGGCUACUGUUAACGCAACCAUCAACACCGGUUUUUGCAGGCCGAAUCACGAUCCUUCUGAGGACGAUAGGUCUUGCAAGUCGGUGCAGAUGUUUGUUCAGACUAUCGGCUGUACGCUGCAGACGACUCAAGCGGACGUUGAAGUUACAUAUUCUGGAGUUUUGGUCGACGUAAACACGCCAUCUAAUCCCGAACCUCAUCAAUGGGACAUCUUCCAGUGGGACCCGACUAGCCCGAUACGCGUAGAAGAUCUUUUCCUUACCGCGUUCAGUCCGGUCCCGACCACGGACGAGAUAAUCUCUGGCAACGCCUCGCUUGCCAAUCUAGGCCAGAGCCCUGUAGAGCAGCUUCUCGCGAACGUCGUCUGCCCGGCAUCGAACAACAACAACUCUUAUCUCGGACUUGAUGAACUCGAGUGGAGUUUGGCGGCUCUCUACGCAAGCUAUAUUUGGAAGGUGUGGCAAUUGUGUGAUUGCCCAUCCUGGCCGAUGUAUACUCGUCAGCCUCCGUUGGUGUGUCAGAACUUUCAAUCGGGCGCUGCCACAGGUGGCUGGGAUGCCGUGGCUGAUGCACAGGUCACAAUGUCCGAGACCAAGGCCACGUUGAAAGUUAUUCCUUGGCGGGCGGUGAUUGGAGCAGCAUGCAGUACUCUUAUGUGUGUCUUGUCUUUUGCCCUUUUGGGUACGACAACAGAUCGGGAUAAGGAUACACCGCUGAGGGAGGCUAGGCUCGUAGACGGUGUUCGAUUGAUGAUUGACUCGUCUUUGCCUAAUACGGCGAAACUAGUAGGGGUUGAGGGCUUGAAGCUCAGGUAUAGCUGGAACGAUGAUCAGAGCCACCGGAUACUUGAUGUUCGCGAUGAGAAUGAGAAGGUGGCGUAG